AUGAUUCUCAAUUACAAUAGUGCAGAUUUCAAGAUUCAUGGUCGGGAAACCGAAAAGGUUUUAACAGUCGCAUUUGUUGGAUUGAAUGAAACAGUUCGUAUGGUAAAUUUGCUGGUCAAUGUUUUGUGGGAAUUCCAUUAUACUAACGUGCUUUUCGUAUUCAAAGCCGCCUCUGAGACCCAGAACGCAUACGGGCUUUUCCAGCUUUGUUGGCAGCACGGGUUCGUCAACGUACUAGCUUUAAUCAAUCAAACAAUGUAUACAUAUCAUCCAUUUCGGUACAUCAAAGUUGUUCGAUUGCACACUCUCAGUGAAUAUUACAAUAAAUCCCAUUUGCACAACUUUCAAGGAUAUCCACUUCGCGGGAUCAUCAGCAACAAUUCGCCACGAGUAUACCGCUACAAAGAUAAUAAUGGCAACAUCGUCAACGGCGGCUACCUUCACGCAUUGAUAAUAGCCUUCAUAAAACAUCAUAACGGCACAUUCCAAGAGGUCGUAAUGCCUACAUAUGCAAUAAACCUAACAGAUCUCAUUGAAGCAUUCAGAAAUAGGCAACUCGAUAUUCUUGCCGAUAUGCUCUACAUGUAUUCGGAUUAUUCGCACAGCAAUGUAAUUUGCAACUAUCGCACGUACCUAAUGGUACCCUAUGCCAAGCCAAUACCGAGAUACUUGUACAUUUUCAAGCCCAUGGAUUACUGGAUGUGGUUACUCUUACUGUUCAUCAUUUUCUAUGCAACCGCUGUACAAAUGUUCUUAUCCUGGCUACACGUAAAUAUACUUCACUUUGGUGUGGCUCUACUACGAACCCUUAGUUCGGUUCUGUAUGUACCGAGCUUCUAUUAUCGUAAUUGUACGCGCGCACAAAUAUUCUGCUCAGCCAUAUUAUUGCUAAGUGGUUUUCUUUUGACAAACCUCUAUCAGACAUUUUUGGCCAGCUUCAUUAUUUCCCACCUAUAUGAGCCACAGAUUAAUAGCAUAGCUGAUAUCGCACAUACAAAUUAUCGCAUACCGCAAACACAAAUGGAUGCCACCUAUUUGCGUAGCUUGUCAGGUGUGCCGCAAAUUGUUUAUGAUCGCUUAUUGAACGCUACUGCUGACGAAGUAUACAAGUGGCGCCGUGAAAUGAACACAUCAUUUAUACACUCGACUGUUGAAGACAAACUUGAAUUCUUCAUGUAUCAACAAAAGUUUUUGCGUAUACCCCUUUUUAAGCUGAUCGAUGAGGCGGUCAUGCAGUUGCCACUGUUCAUUACAAUAGCUCAUGGCUCACCAUUUGUACAGCAGUUGAAUAGUUUCCUGCGGAAAAUAUUUGAUACAGGAAUUUUUGAGAAAAUGUUUUCCGACAGCGCAGAAGAGGGUAUUUUAAGUGGUGAGAUAGAGUUUUACCGAGUAGACUCAAAGGAGUUUGAGCCCAUUGAUGUUGCGCAUUUUUCACUAAUAUUUGCCGCAUGGGCAGUGGGCCUGUUGGGUGCUUUGAUUUGUUUUUUAAUUGAGUUGAAAGGGUUUAAAAAGUGA